CUGCCGCGUUGAAUUAUGGGACACAGAGUAAAGAUGGAAGCCGCCACACAGAGCAUGUCAAAGCGUCAAUAACAAACAUUUUAAAGCGUUACAUGUUCGUAAGUGAUCCUUGGUUGCGAUAUAAACAAAGGACUCGAGUGGCAUAAGAUUCUGAACACGCGUGGAAACAGGAGAAAACUGUGGACAUGUCUCUGCUGGGAGGUCUGCUGAGAGCUGGGGCGUCCUACUGUCAGUCUGCUGGGACGCUGCUGCACACAGUCAGGACCAUUUCUACAGGUACAUGCUGUCAGAUCAGGAUGCACGCCAUCCCUCAGCCGAAAAAGGUGGACAGAUGGACUGAGAAGAGGAGCAUGUAUGGAGUUUAUGAUAACAUAGGAAUCUUGGGGGACUUCAAAGCUCAUCCUAAAGAUCUAAUUGUGGCCCCCUGCUGGUUGAAAGCUUUCAAAGGUAAUGAACUGCAGCGGGCAAUUAGAAAAAAGAAGAUGGUGGGAGACAGAAUGAUGACUCAGGACAGGCACAACUUGGAAAAGAGGAUACGCUUCCUCUAUAGACGCUUCAACCGCACUGGCAAACAUCGCUGAUGCUGAACAAAGAGCAGAGCAGCCAAGAAGGACUGUCAGUCUGUUGGCAUGAUUUCCUGCUGUCACUGUGCUCUGUUUCCAUUUUUCUAGGUUAUUGUGUGUUUCAGACUGAAUGUGCUUUAUUCAUUUCUUAUCAGUAACUGAUUCAAAAUAAAUGCUACUAAAACCUGAAAAUAAAUUAUAAAUGGACUGGAA